GAAGCAGCCAGUCACCUGAGAUCUCCAAUGUCUCUCAAAUUUCUGUUCCUUCUUCCCUUGAAAGGUAUAAAUCGCCCCUCUCAAUCCCAAUUCCCAUCAGUUACAAAACACCUGGGUAAGACUUCACUCGUGCUUUUAGGCCUUCAGGUUUGUCCCUUACGAACAAUUCGCUCCAGCCACUUUCUUUACUCAAGCAACCCCUCUACGACGAUCUUCACUCUGGUCGUAUGGUCUAGCUGAUCUUCCACAACGUCUUCUCUGACAUCAUGUCCGGUAUACUUACACGGACUAACACCUUCACACACUCUUCCAUCGACUCCUGUCCCAACCAAGAUGUCGACCCUGUGGCUAUCAACGUGACUAUCCGACAAGACCCGCUAUCCGUCACAUUAGAUGGACCUGCUAUCUUUGCUAUUUCUAUCAUUCUUAUGUUUGGCAUACACUUAGUCGAGCCAUCUGUUCUAGCUAUGUCCGUCGGCCUGGCCACUGGCCUUGUGUUCAUCCACAAUGACUACCAAAACUACUUGAAACUUGGUCCUGGGGGAACACCAGCAACUUUUCCCGGAUAUCUCCGUAUCAAUUGGUUCAAGCUCUGGGCCUGCAGAGUAGAUCCCUUCAACCCUCUCCCAGCAGACCCGGACAUUCAGCCGGCUGUUGGGGUCUUCCGUAACAGACCCCUUCCUUACCGAUGCGGCCUACGCCCGAAGGUAGUUGGGAUCGCACCCCAGCGACAGGUAGAUCAGUUCGGGUCCCGGGAAUGCUACCUCGCCCUGCGGCGCAUCCUGGAGAACCACGGUCACAUGAACUCGGAUGAGGUGGGCGUUGGCACCUCGUGCUUCGAGAAGCAUGGCUUAGGGUUAUUUGCCCGAUACCCUUUCAACAAGACGUGUCAGGGGGAGAUCUGCCACGUCCAUAACUCGGACUAUUCAAUGCACCUCAACCUCCACCCAGACGAUGUGAAGGAGGUUAUCGAGAAGGGCUGGGGACAACGCCACCCGUUGACGAGCCAGUGUCUGCUGAAGAUGCCCGUCCCGAAACAAUUUACGAUGGUGUAUGCCCCUCGGACGGUGGAUGAGCUGAAAGUUGUAUGCCAGAUCAUCGAGGCGGCUGGUUGGUGGGUCAGCGCAAAGGAGAUGAAGCUAGACUUGCUGGAGGAUAUGUAAAACCUCUCAAAGAGAGCUCCACGUACUGGAUAACCGAACUGCGAAUCUUGUGGCUCGGAACGUAAGGACGGUUACGUGAGAUAAUGAUGUUUAGUAGUCGAUGACCUCGAAUUAUUCCCAAAAGUUAAAAGUUAGAAAUAAAAUAUAAAUUCAUUAAUUAAUACCAUUCCUAAUACGCAUCUUU